GAUGGCUGCCCUAGAAGACGAUUUUGAAUCCUGGUUAGGUUUUAAAUUAAAAGAAUUAAAUACUGACGAAGGUGUGUUUGGUAGCUACAUUAAAGGAAUCUUAGAAGGUGAUGAAACCAUUGAAGAAAAAACUGAAGCUCUUGAGGGCAUUUUAUCUGAAAUUACGGAAACAGAUAUUCCUUUUCAUUGCCAAGAGAUCCUUGAUCGCUGGAAGGCUUGCCAGUUAAACAUUGCUUCCAAUAAGGUCAGCACCCCUACCCCUAUGGAAAAUGUGGAAGAAAAAUUGGCAAAGUUGAUGGAGUCUAACGUGCGUCCAACUACUGUACAGCGUAGCUACACAGAGGAGGAACGAAAGAUCAGGGAAGCUAUUUUAGCACAAUAUAGUCAGACCUCUGAUCAAGAAAGCGGGGAGGAGGACGAUGGUGGAGGUAACGAAGGGAAGGAAAAUGGUUUAUUCAAAAACACAAAUGCUCAGUCUGUACAUCAGGCAGAGCGAGAGAAAAGGGAAAGAGCUAAAUUAGACAGCCAGAAAAAGAAAGAAAAGGAUAAAGAAGAUAGAGAAAAACAAAAACAACAACAGCAGGAGAAGAAAGAUAAACGCAAGACACAGAAGGGUGAGCGUCGCAGGUAGCAGAGAACCAUCUUGCAUGGAGUUAAAUGUAACCCGUCAUGUGUGUGUUAUCUAUUUAUUAUCAUGAACUCUUGUAGGCUGUUCAGUAAAUACAACUACAGUCUGACUGUAUUAAAGCAUUUAACUGACAGGAGUUAGGUCAAACUCUUUACCUUAACCAGUAUGGCAAACUGCACAAAUGUGUUUGCACAGUCCUACAUACAGUAGUGUUGGAAAUCUUCAAACUGGCGAGGAGUCGGAAGAUUUGAGUAUUGAAAUAUAAUCUCUCUAAAAUACACAUAAAAUUCCUGAAGAGUUCAAUCAACAGUUUCAGCUGGGAAGUUUUGAUUUUUAAUCAUUUUCUAAAACUGACUAAUGUCUAAGAUUCUUUGAUUAUUUUUUUAUAUUGAAAAUUUGUAUAGAUUAUUUCUCUCGUGAUAUAUAGCCUACCAUUUUAUACUAUGAUCUCAACAGGAAGUGUUCCUAUCAGUUGUUUACUUCCAUUAUUUCAAUUCGGUGGUUGUAAUAUAUCUUACUUAUAAAUGUUGUCAAAAUGUUUAUUCAUAGGAACAGAUUUUUCUUGUCAUCUCAAAUGUAGCCGUUUUUAACAUUGCAUCUCAACCAAUUAUCUUGUUCAUGAGUCAGCUGCCACAAGUUAAUCGUGUUUAGCCACACCUAUGACAUCCCAAAAGAUAAGUUUUUAAGGCUCCUCAACAUAUAAUGCAACUUUGCUUGGCUAUUCCACCUUUGCCAUCAAAUAGAGCCGAUUAAAACAAAAGCUGUGAUAUUAGAAAUCUAUUGCAUGAACAAACAAACGGUAUCAGCUAUGUGACACAUACUUUGUCCCAUUAGUCGAUAAGCCAAGGUGCUUGUAAUGUUUACAGCAUUGGAGGUUGUACCAUUUUGUUUAGAGUUUAAAACAUUAUCAAAAUUAAAUAACACUACAAAAUAACCAGGCUUGUAGUUUUAGUGACCGUGACCUUAUACUUUGUUCACAACAUUUUAGUGGAAGAAAUCUAUCCCCUCAACUUGAACCUACCUAUAAAACUAGCUCAACAGCUGAGGUUUGCCAAAAUAUAAAUCAGCUGUGCGCCAUAUAUAUUAAGUACAUCAAAUUGGGGGGGGGGGGAGCUUCCUCUCAAAUUGCCUGAAUUUUGUGACGGAGUAUAGUUAUUAUAAAUAUCUAAAUGUUAACAAAUUAUACAGCAAAUUCAAACUAUGAGGUUUUAUUUGUUGCCAUAAAGAUCUAUCAAUUCAACCCAAAAUUCUAUUAAUUUCUAUUAAUUCUAUUUCUAUUAAUUCAACCCAAAAGCACCAACUGAAAACUGUGUGGAAGGUUUUGUAGCUUGUGGGUAUUUAAAAGACAUGAAUAGAUUUGUUUGCUGGGUACUUGGUCUACCCUUCUGUAAACUUUCAGCUCAGGCUGUUCUGUUGUUUUUGCAUUCAGCUGGAACCAACAGUGACACAUACACACACUCAGAAAAAACCUCUUAUCUACAUCAAUAUCCAUCCCAAAGUCUAAAGUGGCAACUCAGGCUGCAUAACCACUCUGUUAACCCUGCAUAUUUUGUUUUGAUCUUUGAAACACUGUACACUUAAAUUCCAAUUUCCAGUAGAAACUAUUCAUAGCAGAGUUUCAAUGUAAAAUAGAGGCUAACCAAACAUGACAUCUUAAUGUGUAUCUUCCUUUAAUGAUCAUUAUUUAUUUUAUAACAUCCGGCUUGAAAUUUGAAAAUUAGGUUAAUUUUAAGUUAUUGGGAUCAUAACUCAUUAUACAGUGAUAAUAUAAUAUUGAAGAAAUGUCCAUAAGUACAGAAAUGUGCAUUACCUGGUUUAGUUAGAAUGUUAAAUGUUUGUAAAGUUAUAGUCUGAGUCCUGACAUAAAUAUAAAAACUGUAAUCUACCCAACCUAACAAGAAAUGAUUGUAAAUAAAACUUGAAAAACAA